UGAUGCUCAAAUUGGAUUUGAAUGUUGGUUUUCUGGUGGUACUUGUUACUUUCUUUACUCGAUUCUUCUUUAGAUGCGAAAUUUUUGUAAUGGGGUUUCCUUUGAUAUUGCCAUUUUUCCAGUUUCCUCAUUGAAUUUCGGAUUAGAUGUGUUGGGCGGUUCGUUGAAGGAAAUUCAACUCGGGCGUUAAUUACUCAGAUCGUUUUCAAAUUAUUCAACAGGAUUGUGGUUAAAUCUUGUUCAGGAAGUGGAAGUCAAAACUGGGAUUUUGAUUUGUGGGUAUAAUGGGAAAGACGUCGAUUACGAAGUACUUCUCGUUUUGAAGCUGAUGAUUUUACCUGUUCAUGGUAGAUAAUUUGGAGAGUUAUGACUUGGGCCAUGCGGAAGGGUUCACAAAUGGCUGCAUAUCCGAGAACAAUUUCUUGGAUUGCCAUUUCAGUUGGAGGAUUGGCUAUCUUCUUGAUCUUUGGAUCUUGGUUCUUAGUCUCCUACCCAAUAGGUUCCAUAAUGCGCGGGUACUUCUACGGUGUUGAUAGUUCAAAGGAUUUGGAUUUUGUAAUUUCUCUAGGAAAUCAAAGUGCUACUGUUCCUGGCCAUGACAGCAAUGUAGAUCUAGUUACAAAAAAAUCCUUUUCAGAUGAGAGUAUAGUUGACGGAAAAUUUGAAUCUGCAUCAAAUCCACCGUCUCAAAGUAGUUUGAACAGACCUGCAGAUGAUAAAAGUUCAGACGUAAUUGAUGAGGAUUUGUCCUCCAAGUCCAAGUCACCAGAUGCCACGAAAUCAAGUAGUCGAUCAGUUGUUCCAGCAACCAAGGAGAAGAGAGAUGAAGGGACAAAUCCUUCAGAAUUGUCUUCACAAGAUGAGUCAGAGGCUCCUAUAGUUACAUCCAAAGUUGAAAAUGGUGGAUCUGUUUCCAAAGAUUCUACAAACAAUUCCAGUGAUACAGAUACACGUUCUAAAAAUGAUAUUGGUGUCAAAUCAGAUGACUUACCUGAUCCAGAUGAUGGGAGCACGGCAUCAGAUUUAGGCUGUGAUUUGUACCAUGGAAGCUGGGUUUAUGAUUCUGCAGGACCAUUGUAUAAAAAUAAUUCAUGCCCUGUCCUGUCACAGAUGCAGAACUGCCAGGGCAAUGGGAGACCGGACAAGGAGUAUGAGAAUUGGCGAUGGAAGCCCUCUCAAUGUAACCUCCCAAGAUUUGAUGCCAAGACAUUUUUGAAGUUGAUGAGUGGUAAAACACUUGCUUUUAUUGGUGACUCAGUUGCUCGCAAUCAAAUGGAGUCGAUGUUGUGUGCUUUGUGGCAGGUAGAAGUUCCUAAAAACAGGGGAAAUAAGAAAAUGCAAAGAUAUUAUUUCAGGUCAACCUCUGUGAUGAUUGUUCGAAUAUGGUCAUCAUGGCUUGUGAAGCAAACAAGUGAGCCUUUAGAUUUUGCUUCAGAUGAUGUUGUCAAACUUCACCUUGAUGCCCCUGAUGACAAUUUCAUGGAAUUUAUCCCAACUUUUGAUGUCAUUGUCAUUUCAUCUGGUCACUGGUUUGCCAAGCGGUCGGUUUACGUUCUAAAUAACGAGAUUGUAGGAGGACAGCUGUGGUGGCCUGAUAAAUCUCGUCCUAUGAAGGUUAACAACAUUGAAGCAUUUCGAAUUUCUGUAGAAACGAUUCUUACUUCUCUUGCCACAAGCCCGAAUUAUACGGGACUCACGAUUGUGCGUUCCUAUUCUCCUGAUCACUAUGAGGGUGGGGCCUGGAAUACUGGUGGAUCCUGCACUGGAAAGGAAAGGCCUCUCGCCAUAGGAGAACGAGUGGAAAAUAAAUUCACUAACAUCAUGCAUGAUAAACAGGUAGCUGGUUUCGAUGCUGCAAUUAAGAAGUUGACAAAUAAAUCAAGGCUAAAGCUGAUGGACAUUACAGAAGCUUUUGAGUAUCGCCACGAUGGGCAUCCAGGGCCUUACAGAAAUACCGACCCGAAUAAACUCACCAAACGUGGGCCAGAUGGAAAGCCACCACCACAAGAUUGCUUACACUGGUGCAUGCCUGGCCCUGUAGAUACCUGGAAUGAGCUUGUCCUUGAACUUAUAAGGAGAGAUUUCGAGGGUAACACGCAGUUUUCUUCAUGAUACUCCUGUUCUUGACUUAGUAUGUUGAAUCUUAGUUAAGAAAAUUGAGUAACUUGUUUCCAAAGUUUUAUGUUAGGCUUGAGGUGAUCACGUCCUUUUUUUGUUGUUCUCUUAGUUCUCAUUUACUAUUUUUAUUUAUAUACAUAGAGAGAGUAUUUAUUGUAACAAUUGGAGGACUGGAAGCUAAUUUAUGUAUUUAAAGGGAGUUCCUGUCCUCAUUACUUCAUUUCUCAUCAUUUGCAUUCAUACAAGGGUCCCGUUUACUAAGAUUUGUACUACCGUUUCAAUAAUAGAUUACGCUUUAUUUAUUUUUA